AUGCUCACGUGUGACACAAACAAGCCUUCAGACUACCAGUGUUUCAUACUCAGCUUUGAUUUCAGAAUUCAGAAGCCAAGAGAAGAGGGCAGAAGUGGAUUGUUCUGUGGCCCUGUCUGGGGAACCCCAAGGCCCCACCCUGUACUUUCAGAACGUCACAUAGUCUUGGUGUGGAUAUACUGCUUGUGUCCGAGACCGCCUGCUGCCCGACCCUACUUGCAGUUGGGGGUUAGAGAUGAAGUAGCCCUGAAUCAACAGCUCAGACUCAGGGAACAGUCAAACACCAAAUGCACAAAACAAUUUUUACCUGCCAAGAGUGAGGAUGACUAUGGGUCACUCUUCUUCCAGUAUAGUAGCACACUGUACAACUUAGCCAUGGAAGCUGUGAAAGAGUUCAGCAGUUCAAUCUGCACAUACUGUAUGAAAGAGUUUAGCAGGGGCAAGAAUGAAAAAGACCUGAGUACAAGUUGCUUCAUGAGACAUGUGAGGCGGGCACACCCCACCAAGCUCAUUCAAGAAAAUGGAAGUCUAUCAGCAGGGUCCUCCUUUUCCCCUCCCUCUCUUUUGCUUCCACCCCAGCCUGCAGAGGUGGGAGACCUGAGCACUGUGCUCUCNUCUNUCAGACUUGUCCAGAAAAUGGCUCCNGAGAGCCCAUCCCCUGACCAAAUAGUGGAAGAGUCUGUGACUGGAGNCUCUUCUGAAGAGGUGUCCUCCGAUGUGUCUGUCACUGAGAAGUACAGCAGAGAGGAGGCCUUGGCAGGCUCCUCCCCCAACCUCUCCAUGCUCCAUUAUGACGACACUUCAGAAACCAUGGCAGACAGAAACCUUUCCCUUCCCAAAAGCACAUCUGGGUCCAGGAGGAGGUCAGCCGUCUGGAAGCACUUCUACUUGUCACCCCUCGAUAGCUCCAAGGCGUGUGUCCACUGUAUGAAUGAGUUCAGUAGAGGCAAGAACGGGAAGGACCUGGGCACAAGCUGCCUCAUCAGGCACAUGUGGAGAGCACAUCGCUCCAUUGUACUGCAGGAGAAAGGGGCAACAGGCAUCCCACCAUUGUACCCUCUGCCCCCAACCCUGCUGCCUGCCCUGCUGCCCCCAGAAGGGGAUCUCAACCCCGCAUCAUUGUCUCCAGGCAAACAAGUCAAAGAGUCGCCUUCUGCCUCCUCAUCCCCAGACAGGCUUCCUGAGGACCUGUCAUCACACACUAAUCCUGGGGAUGUGUCCCGGGAAGAUGUGUCCAUGUUGUCAUCCUCUGAUGACUUGGGGGAGGCCUCUGUAGUGUCCUCUCCAGAGAAGCAGCCAGCAGACAUGGUAAAUCCAAGGUUUGAAUCAGGCACUGUCUUCCAGCAGAAUAAGAAGGUGAUGAGAAGACUGAAGUCGGAAGUCUGGCAUCACUUUUCCCUGGCCCCCAUGGACAGUCUCACAGCAGUGUGCCGGUACUGUAGCUGCAUUGUUAGUCGGGGGAAGAAGGGAGAUGUUGGCACCAGUUGUUUGAUGCGACACCUGUACAGAUGUCACCCUGAGGUGGUUGGGAACCAGAAGGACUUUCUGGGUGCAAGUUUGGCAAACUCUCCAUAUGCCACUUUGGCUUCUGCAGAAAGCUCCUCCAAAUUAACUGACUUGCCAGCAGUGGUAAGAAAAAACCAUCANGGUGUGUUUCCUACUAAUAGCAAGAAGACCUCAAAGCUGUGGAAUCACUUUUCUAUUUGUUCAGCAGACUCAACAAAGGUGGUGUGCCUGCACUGUGGCCGGACCAUCAGCAGGGGCAAGAAGCCNACUAACCUGGGCACCAGCUGUCUCCUGAGACAUCUGCAGCGGUUCCAUGGCCAUGUACUCAAGAAUGCCAUCUCAGAGGCCACUCUGCCCCAUUCUCCAGGCAGCCGGAGGCCUCUGGACAUAGAGCUCUCAGGGCCUUCCUCUUUCCGUGACUCCACAGAGAAGUUCUAUGACUCUCAUGCAGUUGCCAAAAAAAUCACAAGUCUCAUAGCUGAAAUGAUUGCACUUGACCUUCAGCCAUACUCCCUUGUCGACAACGUUGGCUUUAACAGGCUGCUCGAAUACUUGAAACCUCAGUACUCUUUACCCUCCCCUUCCUACUUCUCUAGAACAGCUAUCCCAGGUAUGUAUGACAAUGUGAAACAGGUAAUUAUGUCACAUCUGAAGGAAGCUGAGAGUGGUGUGGUUCACUUCACCUCUAGAAUAUGGAUGAGUAGCCAGAGUCCUGAAUACCUGACCCUUACAGCUCACUGGGUCACCUUUGCAUCCGCUGUCCGACCACAUUGUGAGGACCACCUUUGCUCAGCACUUUUAGAUGUGUCACAGAUGGACUGUGGCUAUAGUGGAAAUAGCAUUCAGAAGCAGCUGGAGUGUUGGUGGGAAGCCUAGGUGACUUCCAUUGGCCUUCAGAUUGGCAUCUCUGUCACUGACAAUCCAAGCAUAGGGAAGAUGCUGAGUGAGGGUGAACACUCAAGUGUGCAGUGCUUCAGUCACACAGUGAAUCUGAUUGUGAGUGAGGCUAUCAAGAGCCAGAGGAUGGUGCAGAACUUACUGAGUAUUGCCCAGAAGCUGUGUGAGCGGGUCCAUGGGUCACCCAGAGCAAGAGAGAAGUUAGCAGAACUGCAGAAAGAGUACAAGCUGCCACAGCACCAGCUGAUCCAGGAUGNACCGUCUAAGUGGAGCACAUCGUUCCACAUGCUUGAACGUCUGAUUGAGCAGAAGAGGGCAGUCAAUGAGGUAUCCAUUGAGUGUAACUUUAGAGAAUUGAUCAGCUGUGACCAGUGGAAGGUCAUGUAGUCUGUGUGCCAUGUGCUGAGACCNUUUGAUGCUGCAAGCCGAGAGAUGAGUGCCCACAUGUCCACGCUGAGCCAGGUCAUCCCCAUUAUCCACAUCCUCAGCAGGAAGGUGGAGAUGCUGUUUGGGGAGACCAUGGGCAUUGACACCAUGCUUAAGUCCCUGAAGGAAGCCAUGGCAAGCUGCCUGUCUGCCACCCUCCAUGACCCCAGGUACAUCUUUGCCACACUGCUGGACCCUCGCUACAAAGCUUCCCUGUUCACAGAGGAGGAGGCAAAGCAGUACAGGCAAAACUUAAUCAGGGAGCUAGAAAUACUGAAUUCUACCUCAGAGGAUACUGACACCUCCAAUGGCUGUGACUCAGGGUCCCCACUUAAAGACACUGGCACAGAGGAGAGCCUGUGGUCACUCGCACAGAUAACAAGGAUAAAGAGUGAUCAGAGAGAGAAGUUACCUGAAGACAUGGUGCUUGCAUAUUUGGAGGAAGAGGUGCUGGAACACAGCUGUGACCCACUUACCUACUGGAACCUGAAGCGGUCAUCGUGGCCUGGGCUGUCUACCUUAGCAGUCCAAUUUCUGGGCUGUCCCCCAAGUACAGUCCCUUCAGAAAAGCUGUUCAGCACACCCAUGGAUGCUGGCAGCUUUGGCCAGCCUAGGCUCAUGAUGGAGCCUUUUGAAAAGCUCAUCUUUUUAGAAGUGCAUCUUCCUUUAAUAUGCUUUCAGUAUUGAACUCAGAGAUGGAGCCACCAGACUGGAAACGAGCUUCAGAGUACCACUGUUGUACCAGGGCUGACUUGCCAGGCAGGGCCAUGCAGGGCACCGGACCAGGCAUCCGGGGCUACCUGCCCGUUCUCACCGUAAUCUCCACACGUGCCUUACUCCUCCUUCAGGCCAGGUGUCAAGGU